AUGAAAUAUACCUUACCUGCGUUCUGCACACGCGCCACUAUGAAUCCUCCUCACACGGGCCUUGUCCCGCACCUCCAUGUCCCUGGGCACCGCCCUCCUCCUGCUCGCCUCCUUUUGGUGCAUCCUCCACCUCGUUCACCGUUUCCUCUCCCGUUCCUCUCCCUCCCACUCCUCCCUCCUCCCAACCACCACCAAUGGCCCCAACACCAACCCCAUCUUCCGCUUCGGGCCCUCCUCCUUUCCCUCCUCCUCCCACCAUUCCUCCUCCCACCCAAAAUCUCGCUCCCACUCCAAAACCACCCUAACCCUCACCCCCUUCCACCUCCGCCUAUCCACCACACGGUGGAACGCUCCACACGACCGGCUCACCUCCUUCCUCUCUCUUCGCUCCGACCGCAGCCGGCGCUUGCGCACCUUCGUCAAGGGGGUGUACGACCUCGGGGUGGUCCUCGGCGCGCUGGGGAUGCUCGCUGCGUGUGUGGGGGUUGUGUUGGGGUUGCGUGGGGGCGGUUGGGCAAGGGUGGGUUAGAGGCAGGAGUAAGAGCAGGAGAUGGUGGGGUGGGGUUGACGAAGAGGUCCCUCGACGACCCUCUUCAACCCCCUGCUACCCCUCACACAGGCGCACGCUCCAGCACAAGCUGGGGCCAAAUCACACCCAUCAUCCCCGGGGUGACCGUCCCGCUCUCGCACCUCCCGCUCAUCCUGCUCGCCGUCUUCCUCGCACAGGCGUUCCACGAGCUCGGGCACGCGCUCGCUGCUGCUCUCGAAUCCCUCCCCCUCCUCUCAGCCGGCGCGUCCCUGACGCUCUUCCUCCCUUCCGCAUUCGCCUCCUUUCCUUCUUCCCUCUCCUCCUCUCUCUCCUCUGCCACCUCUUCCCCCUCCCCAUCUACCCUCCCCGCCCUCUCCCGCGCCCGACUCAUCGCCGCAGGGCCCUUCCACAACAUCCUCCUCUGGGCGUUCCUCCUCCUGCUCGCCCGCUCCGGGCUCUUACCCCUCCUCUGCGGCGCGCUAUCGGGCUAUCGGGACGUCGCGGGCGUGGGGAGGGUCGUGGUUAGUGUUGCUGAGGUGGGUCUCUCGCCCCACUUUCAAUCUUUUAUUUUAAAUUUCAAUUGUAUCUCGAGUAGUAAAUACGUACUGACGCGUUUAAACACCCCAGACCUCACCUCUCUACCUGCACCUCCCACCCGGGUCGAUCAUCACAGCGUUGACGACACGCCGCUCGGCCAACCACCCUCUACUCAUAUAGACGAUACAUGGACGCGGUACCUCCUCAGCACACCGCACAUCCAUCCGUCCUUGGGGUGGUGCGUAGGACGACAUGUCCUCGCAAAGUCAGACGAGUGCUGCAAACCCCCUUUCCCUCACCCCAACUCUCCUUCAAACAGAACACCAUCGCCAUACGCCUGCUUCGCCUCCCUCUCUACCUCCCUCGCCCCCUCGCCCUCGCCCUCUGAGCUCAUCCAAGGCUGCAUCGACCCCGUACCCAUCCUCACCUCACCCCACUCAAACUCAAAAACGAACAACCGCAACCGCUGCUCGUCUACAACCGACUGUCCCCCCGAGUCAGCGUGCGUCGCGCCCCGCGUGAGCGCACAGCUCAUGCGGGUUAGUGUGCGGCCUCCUGGUGCUGUUUGGGAGGUGCCUUUAUCUGGGUCUGGGUCUGGGUUGGCGAAGGACGAUGGGGUAGGCGUCGGGGUAGAGAAGGAGAAGGAGAAGGAGAAAGAGGGCGAGGAUGCAGGCGAAGAAGAAGAAAGGAGAGGAAGAGAACAGGAAAGAGAAAGCGUCGUCCUCUGGUCUGGGCCGAGAGAGGAGGUGUGGGAGGAAGUCCAAGUAACGACCUGGCUCCCCCGCGCGUCGUUCCUCCCUCUCUGGGUGCCUCUGCUCGUGCAGCUGUUCUGGGACUACCUCCUCACAGCGACCCUCUCGCUCUACUUCUUCAACCUCCUGCCUCUACCACAUCUGGACGGGACGCAGCUCCUGCGCGCUUUCCUUGACAUCGUGCUCGACCCGAGGUUCAAGGAGCAGGGGUUCGUGUACGAUCUGGAAUCGCUUGAGAGCGGAGCCGGUCAUGGGAGCAGGGACAGAGACGAGUAUGCAGGGAUAAGGAGCAGGAAGAGGUGGAAGGAGCGCGUUGUAAAGUUUGCGAAUUAUGGUACGGGUGCGGUGUUGGGGUGUUUUGUUGUGCUGAAUGUAAUGAAUGGGUUUGGUUGA